CAACAGACUGAGCAGCAGAAGAGAAGAGCCAUGCAAUGAGAGUGCUAUCCUGACCCAAACCUCCGAUUCACAAACUCAAACCCUGUGUUUGCAUGCGUUUAAUUCCCAACUUUAAGAAAAGGACGUGGUGUCGUUGUAUAAAUGUAGUUUUUUCCAUUAAUUGUGGAACUCUAGACAGAUUUAAUAGCUUUUAUAAAGUUCUCAUCAGCACUGAGGAUGCGCAACAGAAUGACGGGACUUUCUACGUGGAAAAGACGCGCUUUGGAUGUUUUUGUGUGUUUGUGUUUGGUUUCUUUGGCUUAUUCCUUCAACAUUGACUUGCAACAUACCUUGGUGUUCCGAGGACCAGAUGCGACGUUUUUUGGAUAUUCAGUCCUGGAGCACGUCCAUGACAACACACGCUGGAUUGUGGUCGGGGCUCCCAGAGCAAACUCAUCAUUCAGCAGUUCAGUUCAGUCACCCGGAGCUGUAUACAAGUGCCGGAUCCGCAACAACCCAGAGCAACGCUGCACUGAGAUGGACCUCGGCAGAGGAAAUAAGCAGAGGGAGUCCUGUGGGAAGACGUGUCAAGGCGACAGAAAUGACGAGUGGAUGGGGGUCAGUCUGGCUCGACAGGACAAACCCAAUGGCAAAAUUCUGGCCUGCGCUCACCGCUGGAAGAAUGUAUACUAUGAAUCGGAGUAUAUCCUCCCUCACGGAUACUGCUCCGUCAUCCCAGCCACUCUGCAGGGCAAGUCACAGCCUCUCAUACCGUGUUAUGAAGACCAUAAGAAGACCUAUGGGGAAGAACACGGCUCGUGCCAAGCCGGGAUCGCAGGCGUUUUCACUGAG